AUCCUGUUAUAAAAAAUGUGUAUUGUCUCUACUUCACAAAGUUCAUAGAACCGAAAUGCAAAUGUGCGCAUAGUCGUCGUGUCUUCAUUCGAAUUUUGUUUGAGGUUACUUCGGCAAUCUCUUGGAAUUUGCAGAUGUUUGCAAAUGACUGCAAAAUAACGGUAUAUAAUAGUAAAUUUCUUUAGAUUUACAGCGUAAAAAAUCGAAUGUGUACUUUCCCCGUACAUGCACUUUCCACCACACGCGCAUAUCAAGAUGACGCGCGCGCUUUGCCUGCGCGUUGGGUAAUUCCAGUCUUGUGGAAUCCGGCGUAUCCAGUGGAUAAUCGCAGUGGACGAUAGAGUGCCGAGUUAUAAGGAGGUGCGGAUUGCAAUUGCUGGCAUUUCGUACAUGUGUACUUUACCAUGUGGAUUAUUCAACGAAUUUCCACACUAUUAAUAGUUAUUUACGUGUGUAUUGGUUUUGGAUAUGCACAAAUUGUAUUUGAUGAGUGUACGACAGAGCAACAAAAAUUUCGAUGCCACAAUGGAGACUGUAUAAGUGGCACAUUAUUAUGCGACGGCAAAGCAGAUUGCAGGGAUUCGUCUGACGAGACAGAGGCUGAGUGUAAACAAAUUUCGUGUUCCACCUUUCGCUGCGAUUACGGUGGCUGCAUAGACAAAGACAAAGCGUGUGAUGGCAAAAGGGACUGCGUUGAUAAUAGCGAUGAAACCAAGUGCUGCAGAGGGGCGGUGUUUAGGUGCAACGACGGCCAGUGCAUUAAGAACACCCAAGUUUGUGACGGAAAUCGAGAUUGUGCGGAUGGUUCUGAUGAAUCUGCACAAUGCGCAAUUACACCGCCCUGUCCUGGGACAACUUUCCGUUGUGCUUAUGGAGCGUGUAUCGAUGGUGAUCUAAAAUGUAACGGAGUAGAAAAUUGUGCCGAUGGAUCGGAUGAGAAGGUGUGCGGCGGAGGAUGGAUCACACCAUUCACACCUACCCCAACGAGACAACCACCUACGGAAACAACACGACGAACAACACCGCCUACAUCAUCUGGCACUAACAGAUGCAGAGCACCUCCACAACCGCAGAACGGUCGUUGGAAAUUACAUCGGUCGCAAUGCCCAGAUGAACAGGAAUGUUACGUUUCAGAAGGAACAGAACUGGUAUCAGGUUCUCAUCUCAUCUACUCUUGUAAUUUGGGAUAUAAAAUAAGAGGUCCGACCGACGUGAGCUGCAGCUUCGAGGGAAGAUGGCUUAACAUACCAGUUUGUAUAGAAAUACGGUGCAAAGCUUUGACCUCGGCAUCAAUCGAAGCUAGAUGUAGUACAUACGAUGAUGAAUGGAUAUCGUGCGAAUCUUCAGUUCCACCAAGAACAAAAGCGACAUUGCAAUGUCAAAACAGUUAUCGACCUGAAACUAAUCUACUGUCCGGACAAAGAAGGAAUGUGAGAUGUAAUACAAAUGGUGAAUGGGAACCAGACCCUAUGCGAUGCGUUCCAGGUCCGCUCACGAUAAAUAUUUACUUUAAUGAUACUAAACUUGCGUUUCACACCACGUUAGAUAGAAAUAAUGCUACAUUAAUUGAAUUUGAUGAGAACACUAGGCAGCUAAUUGACGCUAGUCAAAUUUAUAUAUUAACGGGAAACGUUUUUCGCGAUUACGAUUAUUCCUUUCAUAAUCCAAACCUCGUUAAAAGGAAUCAGGUAAAACAUAUUUACAUCGGAUAUAAUUAUCUAGGACUUAUAGGAAAUUACCUCUGGGAUAUCGCGAUAUUAGAACUUGUCACACCGUUUGUAUUGUCAACUUGGUUGAUUCCCGUAUGUAUAGAAACUUCAAGCGAUAGAAAUGUAUUGGAGCCGGGCUCUUACGGAAAGGUAGCGGGAUUCGGUAGAACCGCAUUCGGUGACUCUAGUGCAAUCUUACAGGCUCUGACCGUGCCUAUAAUUUCGGUCAGUCAAUGCAAAUUCGCUAGCCAAAAUGCUAGUACGGAACAAUUUAUCACUAAUGAUAAGUUUUGCGCAGGCUACACAAAUGGUUCUUCUGUUUGUGACGGUGACAGUGGCAGUGGAUUAGUUUUUAAAACUGAUGGUUUGUGGUAUCUUCGAGGUAUUGUUAGCGUUUCUCUCGGUACGAUACGAAAGGGUGAGACUUAUCAUUGUGACAACAACUUAUAUUCCUUAUAUACAGAAGUAUCCAAGCAUAUUUUAUGGGUACAAGAUGUUAUUUUAAAAAUAGAACAAAGUCAGACGCAUAAAUUAUGCUCAAACGGAUCUCAAACGAGGUGUUCUUAAUUUUUUUUUUUAAUUUUGAUUUGAUUAGUACCACCCGAUUGUUAUAUGCAUUCAUUGAAAAAAGUACUUAGUUUAUGCCAUAGCAUUAAGUCAAUAUUAUCGAUAAAUUAUUUACAUUCUUUGUUGAAUGCGUAAUUAUGUGAAGUCGCAAUUUUGUUGAAAGAAACAACUAAAGACUUAAAGACUUAAAAAAAUUAUUCAAAUUUUAUAAUUUUAGCUACGUUUAUCAUUUUACGGGUUUUAAAAAUUCUUAUUUCUCUACAACAUAAAUAUAAAUAAACAAUACAAAGAAAUAGCAAAAAUGGGUUACUUCUAUUUUAACUUUAUAUUAAUUAGGUAUACAAAACUGAUAAAAAAAUCUGUACACAUUGUUUUUAUACA